AUGGAGGGGAAAAGAAGGCGAAUAAGGCAAAUUGACGAGAACAAGGAUCUGAAGAAGGUUUUGGACGAGGCAACCAAAGGUCCAAGGAUUGUCCCUUUAAUGGAUUUAUUCUCCCUAGCUAUAUUCACCGCCACUGGACACCGCCAUAUUAUCGAUGUUUUGGGUGAUAGUGACGCUGAUGGUGAUGUUGCUAAUGCCGGUGUAGCUGAUGUCGCUGGUCCUACUUAUUGA